AUUUGCCGAUCUGCGCGUUGCCCGCGCACCGCGUUUCGUGUUUAAAAAUCGCGUGUGUUUUUGUGCACCAUGCCGAAGAAUAUUUUCGCCGAAAUGGGCUCCCAGGUGGGGCUGACGCCCUCCAGACAAAAUAAACAGGAGGCGGAAGAAUGGUCCCGGAGCCGCAGUGGCUCCAAAAUCAAUCCGACUUUUGAGCCUGACUGCCUACCUCAAAGCCUAUCCCCGGUCAAAGAUGAGAAGAAAGGCUCAGGAGAUAAGGGCAUAUUCCUUGUCAACUUGAAUGAGAUGAACCAAGAAGUUGAAGAAUAUGAACCAUACGACAAUCGAGUUGUUGAUCAUCCUACCACGAACAUAGAAACCUUAUUGCACUUGCUCAAAGGCAGUUUGGGUACUGGUAUAUUAGCGAUGCCUCACGCGUUUUCUAAUGCCGGAUACGUCGUGGGUUCAAUCGGUACCAUUGUAAUUGGUGUUCUAUGUUCAUACUGCAUACACGUCCUCUUGGACUCCUGUUAUGUGAUGUGUAAGCGGCGGAAAGUGCCUUCAAUGACGUACACUGCUGUAGCUGAGGCCGCGCUUUCUGAGGGACCAGACUGGUGCAAAGCUUGCGCGCCGUAUGCUGCUCACGUGGUGAACGUGUUCCUGCUCAUCUAUCAGAUUGGGACCUGUUGUGUCUACGUGGUAUUCGUCUCGGAGAACAUUCAGUAUGUGUUGACACAGUACUUUGAAUUAAACGUAACUGUCGUAGAGGUGAUGCUAUGGAUCCUCCUUCCAUUGGUUCUCAUCAACUGGGUUCGGGAUCUUAAGUACUUGGCACCGUUCUCUGGGUUCGCAAACGUGGUCACCAUCGUCGGCUUCGCAAUUAUACUCUACUACCUAUUCAGGGAAGCUCCAACAUUGGAAGGGAAGGCUCCUGCGGGAAAACUCGCAAAUUUCCCGCUUUUCUUUGGAACUGUUCUCUUCGCUUUAGAGGCUAUUGGUGUGAUUCUUCCAUUGGAAAAUGAAAUGAAGACCCCAAAAGACUUCGUGGGUUCCUUCGGAGUGUUGAACCGUGCGAUGAUUACCAUUAUCAUCUUGUACGUGGGUAUGGGACUUUUCGGUUACCUGACGUAUGGAGAUUCCGCAGCUGGAAGUAUCACACUUAACCUACCUUCCGAUACUGAAUUACUCGCGAGUAUAGUCCAAGGACUUCUGGCUUUCGCAAUCUUCAUUACCCACGGUCUGGCCUGUUAUGUGGCUAUUGAUAUCGUGUGGAACGAGUACAUUGGUACCAGGCUACACAACAGCUCCCAUCGUAUUAUCUGGGAGUACGUCGUCCGGACCUGCAUUGUUCUUAUUACAUUUGGUAUUGCGGCAGCCGUCCCAGAAUUGGAUCUGUUCAUAUCCCUCUUCGGAGCACUAUGCCUGUCUGCUCUCGGCCUAGCCUUCCCCGCCAUCAUUCAAAGCUGCACUUAUUGGUACUACGUUUCGGACUCGGAAAGAAUUCGUAUGAUCAUCAAGAACGUCAUUGUUGUACUGUUUGGCGCCUUAGGACUUGUAGUAGGCACUUGGACUUCCUUGGAUGGUAUAAUUAGAAAGUUCUCCGCCCACCACGUGUUAAAUGCCACCGCAGCAAUAACUGAAUCUACUAUACUCAAUGACACGUUAAGUGUUAUACCAUAGAUUUUGAUUAUCCCAUCAGUAUGAACCAUCCAUGGCAUCCAAGUGCAAUGCGUUCGAACUCGUACGUACUCUAGCUUAUUGGACAAUGUUCUUAGACAAUAUUUUAGGCUCAUAUAUUUUUGUUGUAAGUUUUUUAACGGUUUCUCAUUAUAUUUUAUUGUUUGGUCAUUAUGAUCAGAUAGCUAUUGUUGAACAAAUAUUAAUAAUAAUAUAAAAUAUUAUUUCUGCAUAUUUAUUCGGUAUACAUGAAUAUUUUUAUAUACGAGUAGUGUUAUGUAACAUAUGAUAAAGUUUAUUUUAACGUGAACAGUAGUCAUUUGUUACUUGUUUUUUAAGAGUAAAUUUUUGUAUAUAUAUAAACCUUAAUUAGAAGCUCCUUACUUCUAACGUUGAAAUAUAAUGACAGCCACAAUGAGUACAGCUUAUUUUUUUACUCGCAAAUUAAGAUCAAAUCGCACUAUAGCGACACUGCAGCAGAGGCGAGGCAUUAACUCUCUUAAGAAUAUUUUGCCGUGCUUCUCUGCCGCUACUGAGACAUAGUGACUUGCUGGACAGUGAAUUUACAUGAAUACCUCGCGAACGAACGAUACAUCACGAUAGACGAAAAGGAAUUAAUUUCUUUUGACAGUAAAUAUCCCGAAUUAGAAAAUGAAAACUACAUGAAUGUUAGAGAAACCGUACUUUCGCCGUCUUGAUAACUGAAUUUGGAAUACCAUGCACCCAUGUAGACCAGUUUAGUUUAUUCCAGUUUUCUGCCUCUUUGAAUAAAAAAAAGAAUAAAGAUUUUAUGAUUAGCUCUGCGUCUCUUUGCUGCAGUAUCCCUAUAGUGCGGGUUGACCUUUAAACCGUCAACGACCAUAGUUAAAUCAAUAUUUAAGCAAAAAUGUGAAAUGCAUAAGUAUUGUGUACUUAUUUGCACUGUUUUCUUUUUCAUUCACGCAAGUAUAAUGUAAGAAACUUAGUACAAUAUUUAAUAAUAAAAAUGCACUUUACCAACUUAGUUUUAAGGAUCCGACUUAGCUACGAUGUUCCAUACCUAUAUAAAUAAAUUUAAAUUAUAAACUAAGUCUAAUAUUUAGAAUAAGACUAUUAAAAUGUUAACGAACAGGGCGUUUUGAUAGACAGUGUGGUCGCUACGGUAUUAGAAAAAGAUAUUUCAAAUGUUUAUAUUUGGAUAUAAAUACAUAUAUAAGUUUAUAUUAAAGAUUGUCUUAAUAACAAGACAGCUAUUUUGCAGCCGACGCAAGGUCGCUAAACAACCAGUUGGAAGGUAAAGAUAAAAAUCACCAAAUUAUAUAAAAUUAUUCUAUAUAAUUUUUUGUUGUACUUUACCUAGCAACUGAGAUUAAAAAGGUACAACAUAGGUUUUUUUUAAUUUUAAGCAUUAUUUUAUCCUAUGUCAGUGAGAUUUGUGGUGUGGCAUUUUGUUUAGUAUAAGUCUACUUGCGACUAGCAGGUUACGGAUUAAAAUUCGUUAUAUUUUUGGUUACAUAUAUUAGGUACCUUACCAAAAUUGUUACCGUCUCAUGGCCGGAUAGCAGUGUUUUAUGUUUAUGUAUAGAACGACCUUAUUUCCCACUUUCUACGUUUUUCGCCUUGGACAAGGUCGUUUAGUUUUCAUUACCA